UCCUCCGUUUUCUGUUUGCGCGGGUACCGGAGCGUCAUGGACUGCAGUAACGGAUGCUCCGCAGGAUGUGCGGAAGGAGGAGGAUGCAAGGAGGUGGUGGAGACUUUCAAGGCUAAAGAUCUAAUAAUCACACCAGCCACCAUUUUAAAGGGAAAACCAGACCCAAAGGCUCUGGUUUUCGGAACUGUGUUCACGGAUCACAUGUUGACAGUGGAGUGGUCCUCAGAGUGUGGAUGGGAGAAACCUCAUAUCAAGCCUUUUCAAAACCUGUCAUUGCACCCUGGCUCAUCGGCUUUGCACUAUGCAGUGGAAGUAUUUGACAAGGAAGAGCUUUUAGAGUGUAUUCAACAGCUUGUGAAAUUGGACCAAGAAUGGGUCCCAUAUUCAACAUCUGCUAGUCUAUAUAUUCGUCCUACAUUCAUCGGAACCGAGCCUUCUCUUGGAGUCAAGAAGCCUAACAAAGCCCUGCUCUUUGUAAUCCUGAGCCCAGUGGGACCUUAUUUUUCAAGUGGAACCUUUAAUCCAGUGUCCCUGUGGGCCAAUCCAAAGUAUGUAAGAGCCUGGAAAGGUGGAACUGGAGACUGCAAGGUGGGAGGGAAUUACGGCUCAUCGCUUUUUUCCCAAUGUGAAGCAGUAGACAACGGGUGCCAGCAGGUUCUGUGGCUCUAUGGAGAGGAUAAUCAGCUAACUGAAGUUGGGAGUAUGAAUCUUUUUCUUUACUGGAUAAACGAAGAUGGAGAAGAAGAACUGGCAACUCCUCCGCUAGAUGGCAUCAUUCUUCCAGGAGUGACAAGGCGGUGCAUUCUGGACCUGGCGCGCAAGUGGGGUGAAUUUAAGGUGUCCGAGAGAUACCUCACCAUGGAUGACUUGACAACUGCCUUGGAGGAAAACAGAGUGAGGGAGAUGUUUGGCUCUGGUACAGCCUGUGUUGUCUGCCCAGUUUCUGAUAUACUGUACAAGGGUGAGCCAAUACAUAUUCCAACUAUGGAGAAUGGUCCUAAGCUCGCACGUCGUAUCUUGAGCAAAUUGACUGAUAUCCAGUAUGGAAGAGAAGAAAGCGACUGGACAAUGGUAUUAUCCUGAAUGAAAAUACAGGAUUCCAACUGUGUGCUAUUUGGGCAGACUGUUGCAUUUGAAUGGUGGUGGAUUUCUUUGACUACCUGUUAGAAGUUGUGCAUAAUGUAGUUUGUAUUAUCAGUGUGUUACAAGGGUGAUUGUUUCCUCAUGCCAGAGAAAAUGACUUGCAAUCAUCAAACAGUGUUUUGUAGACUCACUAGUCUUUUACCUUUCCUAGAAAAAUAUUAACGUAAGCCAUAUAACAUAGAUUUUCCUCAGUGAUUUUAGUGCCUCCCCUAGAGUUCACUCAGAUGUUAAAGUAUUUGUUUAUUCUUUAGUAUAAGCCUUGCUCUGCUAUUCUACCAAAUGUGAUUUUUUUUGUUUGAAAGCUGAUUUGAGUAAAUUUCACAGGUAACAUUUCCCACGAUAAAUCUUUAUCCUCAGAAAGUGUUUUUUUUUAAAUCAAGACUUUGAAAAACUAGAGUUCCUCUGUCACAGUGUUUUGCAGGCCCCAAGGCCCAUCCUAAGAUCUCCCUUCCUCCUGAUGUCACAGAUCCUGCUCAAGCUCAUCUUGUGCUUCAGCAAGACCUGAGCACGUUUCUGCCACUGCCCUUUCCACGUUGCGUCGUCAUUGGCUGUUAGUCAGACUACCACAAGACUGGGGUCUUGUGCCUUAUGGAUCUUUGCACCCCCAAUGCCAGGCACAUAGUAGGUACUCAGUAAAUGUUUUGUGUAAUGAAUGGUGAACAUUUAGCUUCUAUAGAAGUGUACUUUCUUUGUUUCUAUAUUAUGAAACCUCUUUAUUAGAAUUUGUGAUUGAUUCUGAUAUGGUG